CGCUGAUGGCCAGAGACGUGUGGUGCAGCCCGCAGGGGAACUGUACCGUGCCGUGUUCCCUUCAUUCCCGUGUCACGCCUCUCGCCACCUUCCCUCUCCUCCGCGGGCUCUCACGGCGACAUAACCGAGCUCUGCGCUGCCAGAGGGGACGGGAGCGCGACGAGCAGGGGCUCCAAGUCUGUGUGUGGCUACUAGCUAGGUACGCGCGCGCAUAUGGGUGCUGCGUUCCUGUCUUCAUGGCCAUGGGAUAACCUUGGCUUCUUCAAGUAUGUCCUGUACGGGCCUCUGGUGGGGAAGGCGUUGGCGGGGCGGGCGUGGGAGGCGGCGAGCCCCGACCGCUGGCUCUGCCUCCUGCUGGCGCUCUUCGCGCUCAGGGCCUUGACCUACCAGCUCUGGAGCUCCUACAGCAACAUGCUCUUCCUCACCCGCCGCCGCCGCAUCGUCCGCGACGGCGUCGACUUCGAGCAGAUCGACAAGGAGUGGGACUGGUACGUCACGUACGCGUGCGCAUGUGCGUGCAUGCCUAUACAUGCGACCGAAGAGCUAACAAAUCCAGCUCCGGCGACCGUGUGUGUUUCCAGGGACAACUUCCUGAUACUGCAGAUAACGAUGGCGGCCACGGCGCUCUACGCCUUCCCGUCGCUGCGGCACCUCCCGGGGUGGAACACCGGGGGCCUCGCCGUCGCCGCCGUCCUCCACGUCGCGGCCACCGAGCCCCUCUUCUACGCGGCGCACAGGGCCUUCCACGGCGCCCGCCUCUUCGCCCGCUACCACGCGCUUCACCACUCCAACAUGGUGCCCACGCCCUUCACAGCCGGGUUCGCGACGCCGCUGGAGCACGUGGUGCUGGGCUUGCUCAUGGCGCUGCCGCUCGCCGGCGCGUGCGCCGCGGGUCUGGGCUCCGUGGGGCUGACCUUCGCCUACGUGCUCUCUUCCGACUUCCUCCGGGCCAUGGGCCACUGCAACGUGGAGCUGUUCCCCGGCGGCCUCUUCCGGUCCCUCCCGUUCCUCAGAUACCUCAUCUACACCCCAACGUACCACACGAUCCACCACACCGGGAAGAAGGCCAACUUCUGCCUCUUCAUGCCGCUGUUCGACCGCCUGGGCGGCACGCUCGACGCCAGCUCCUGGGAGCUGCAGACGAAGAACAGAGCAGGGAUGGACGAGGUGCCGGACUUCGUGUUCCUGGCGCACGUGGUGGACGUGAUGCAGUCGAUGCACGUGCCGUUCGUGAUGCGGACCUUCGCCUCCACGCCCUUCGCGGUGCGGGCCUUCCUGCUACCGCUCUGGCCCAUCGCGCUGCUCUUCAUGUUCAUGGUCUGGGCCUGGUCCAAGACCUUCGUCAUCUCCUACUACCACCUCCGCGGCAAGCUGCACCAGAUCUGGGCCGUCCCCAGAUACGGCUUCCACUAUUUCCUGCCGUUCGCCAAGGACGGCAUCAACGACCAGAUCGAGCUGGCCAUCCUGAGGGCCGACAGGAUGGGCGUCAAAGUCGUCAGCCUUGCAGCUCUGAACAAGAACGAGGCGCUCAACGGCGGCGGCACGCUGUUCGUGAACAAGCACCCGAACCUCCGGGUGCGCGUCGUCCACGGCAACACGCUCACGGCCGCGGUCAUCCUCAACGAGAUCCCCAAGGGCACCACCGAGGUCUUCAUGACCGGCGCCACCUCCAAGCUCGGCAGGGCCAUCGCGCUCUACCUCUGCAGGAAGAAGAUCCGCGUCAUGAUGAUGACGCUGUCGACGGAGAGGUUCCAGAAGAUCCAGAAGGAGGCGGCGGCGGAGGACCAGCAGUACCUGGUGCAGGUUACCAAGUUCCAGUCGGCGGAGCAGUGCAAGACGUGGAUCGUCGGCAAGUGGCUGUCGCCGCGGGAGCAGCGGUGGGCGCCGCCGGGCACGCACUUCCACCAGUUCGUGGUGCCCCCCAUCCUGGGCUUCCGCCGGGACUGCACCUACGGCAAGCUCGCCGCCAUGCGCCUCCCCAAGGACGCCCGGGGCCUCGGCUCCUGCGAGUUCUCGCUGGAGCGCGGGGUGGUGCACGCCUGCCACGCCGGCGGGGUCGUGCACUUCCUCGAGGGCUACGCGCACCACGAGGUGGGCGCCAUCGACGUCGACCGCAUCGACGUCGUCUGGGAGGCGGCGCUCAAGCACGGCAUCCGGCCCGUCUGAUCACUCCUCCUCGAUCGGCCCUGCCUGCACCUUCCGUCUAGCUAUGGCCCAAACCGGGCCCAAGAAAAAACCUCUAUUGCUACUCAGUUUUCUUUUUCUUUUUCUUGCCUAAAAAAAACUCGGUAUUCUUUUUUCCUUCUCGAAGUAUACUACAGCUCGAUCCUGUGACGUGGGGUGUUGUUCCUAACGAUUCAAUUUACAGCUGUACUGUUUUGAUUUGUACACAUAUGUAAGUAUACGAUACAUUCGAAGGCAAAAGGACGCUAUAUAUGGCAUCGAUACUUAAGAAAUGGUACUUGCAUUGAUACA